GGGCGCGCUCCCUCAGCCCCACCGCGCUGUCCCGCAGCCUGUCCCGCCUGCGCGAGCAGCGCGCCCGCUCGCGGGCUAUGCUGGCCCUGGGGGUCACGCAGAUGGUGCUCGGCUGCCUCAUCGUGGCCGUCAGCUUCGCCGCCCUGGCGCUCACCACCUCGGCCCGUGUCCGCCACUCCUGCCCCUUCUGGGCCGGCUUCUCGGUGCUGUUGUCAGGAUUGAUCGGUGUUGUUUCAUGGAAGAGGCCCCUGUCCCUUGUGAUAACCUUUUUCAUGCUGCUCUCUGCAGUGUGUGUGAUGCUGAACUUGGCUGGGUCCAUUCUCUCCUGUCAGAAUGCUCAGCUGGUGAAGUCCCUGGAAGGAUGUCAGUUGAUUAAAUUCGACAGCGAUGGUGUCUGUGUUUGCUGUGAAAUGCAGCAUCAGACAUCAGGCUGCAGUAACCUGGGAGAAACACUGAAACUGAACCCUCUGCAGGAGUGCAAUGCAGUGAGGCUGACCCUCAAGGACCUGUUGUUCAGUGUGUGCGCUCUCAAUAUCAUCUCCACUAUUGUCUGUGCUUUGGCAACAGCAAUGUGUUGCAUGCAGAUGGUUUCUUCUGAUCUUCUGCAAAUGCAGGAUGAUAUCACACAGUUUCUGCCACAGAGGCCGCAUUCUGCCAAUCCUGACUGCAUGACUCCACAUGGAACUGUCCUGCACCAAACCCUGGAUUUUGAUGAGUUCAUCCCACCAAUCCCCCCCCCUCCCUACUACCCCCCGGAAUACACCUGCACGCCCAUGGGGGAGGCACAGAGAAAUCUCCAUUUGGACUUCCCUCAUUCCCCAUUUGGUGCUUUAUAUGAAGUAACCAUUAAUAGCCCAGGAAUGCUGUAUCCAAGCGAGCUGCCCCCUCCUUAUGAGGCAGUGAUUGGAGAGAUGCCUGCCAGCCAGGUCACUGGUGCUGCUCAGCAAGUGUCUGAAUCGAGCCUAGGGGAGAGGAACACGACCCCGGACUUCAGCACACAAGUUUCUGUUGAGAGCACCUCUUUGAUGGUCUCUGAGGCUGUUGAUAUUCCAGACUGUAGCUACUCCUCUGAAGAUCUUUGUUCGCUGGAAGUUCAAGGAUCUCUCCAGUCUGCAGAUCUUUCUCCCUACUGCAUAACCCCCAAGGGGGCUGCAGACCACAGCUGCAGUGCCCUGGAUUGCCACACUCACUGCAGGUUUCACAGAACUCGCUCAGAGGGCUUUCCUGAUGAGGGUGACAGUUCCCACAGCCGAGCCUCUACAGACAGGUCUCAAGGACAGGAAAAGAACUGUGUCCACGGCAGGUCCUUGGACUGUUCCUCAGGGAAUUACAGCCCCUCAGAACGAGAACUGCAGAGUUAUGCUCAAGAGAGCAGUGCCACACCACCUUUGAAGCAGAAGAAAACCUGCUGUGUGGACUUUCACCAGCCUCCUGCCACUUUCCAGACCUCACCCUGUUUUGGGCCUGCAAAUACUUCACCACGUGCAAGUGGCCCCGAGGCUGCUGUCCAGCAGCAGCACCUCCCAAAGCACCCAGCCUCAAACAUUGUCCGCUCCAGCAGUGCCCCUGUGUCCUGCUCGUCUGCCACUGAAGGUGAUAAUUGUGCCUGGACUUCUGUGUGCAGGCAGUGCCAAGAUGCAGGAUUAUUUCCGGCUACAGGAGAAACAGUUCCUGUCUCUGGUUCUCAUAUGGCUGCCUCUGCUUGCCAGCAUUCUUUGAGCAAUUUUCUACCAACUGGAAAACAGAGGGAUACGAGGAAAAUUGAUCUGCACCUAAAGCCAAAGGCUUUUCACAUGGUCUCAAAAGAGCGGCCACACUCCUUAGUGGACCUUAAGGCCUAUAAAGACACAAAAAUUUUAGUGGCAAAAUUUUUGGAACAUUCAAACUGUAAUCUCCCUCCAGAAGUGCGUCACGUAGUGAACAGCAUACGGUCAGUCAUUAAAUCUGAUGAGAGACACAUGGAAGAAGCCAUCUUCAGUGCCAAUAUCAUAGACCAGGUGAUUACGAGUUCCCAGCAGAACGUGGGCAGCUGCAGGAAGCGGCUGCAGGAGGAUCUGCACCUGCAGAGCUGUGGCGCCCUGAGCUCCCCCGCGGCCCUGGCGCGCUGGCCCCGGCUCGGCCGCGCCCUGGAGCGGGAGCGGCCGCACAGUUUAAUCGGAGUGUGCCGGGAAACCAUCCUUUGAGAGUAUCCACAGGUAUGUCAUUGCAGCAGAGAGGUGUGGAAGAAACCAGGACUGGAACAAAUACAGCUAGAUGACUUUAAAAGGAAAAAGUGUCUUCCUUUGGAAUUCCACUUUUUUCCCCACAGCAGGAUGAGAACAGCUGUUUUUCUGAAUGUAAAUUUCAGCCUUGAUUUUUGCAAACUUUUAAUUGAUUUAUUAGUGAAGUCAUAGCAAGUGUUUUCCCAACCAGAAAUGCAUUUAUUUCACUGUACUUACAGAAAUGCUACUGAUGCUGCCCAGCAUUUCAUGAAAACCAUUGCAAACCCACCAGAGACUGGCUGUACAACUUCAAAGUUGUAUUUAUUUAAUGUACCUCAAAGUGUUUUAACUAUCGUCAGUGUUUUAAUAAAAAAGUAUUUCUGGA